UCUGUGCUUAGUUUCUGCUUCCUCUACCUCAGGCUUCACUUUGUUCAAUAAUAUUACUGUUCUUACUCCAACAUAUUCAUUGAAUGCAUUGUUUUACUUUCUAAUGAAAAUGGCAGUGUAGUUGUUUAUUUACGUUCCAAGAGCAAUGGAACGUCUUGUUUGGGAAAAGGAGAACGAUCAACCACGAUGUAAAAUCACAAAUAUUGCCGAAUCAAUACCUGUGUGGAUCAUCCGAAUAGAGUAAUAAUGAGAGAGUAGUUAAAUGCGUUUGCUACGCAAGGUACUGCUGAAACUAUCAAUUCUAGCAGUGUUCCUGAUUCUGCUCUACUGCUUACAAACAUCGAAUGGUAUUUAUUGGAGUAUAUACAAUUCCGGUGAUCAAAAUGGUACACAAAAAACGAACCUUUCAACCACCUUAACGUUGAUAAACACUACAAAAGAAGCGACGUUAAAAAAUUACGCUUCCAGUAUUUUAACCUCUCCGCGACAGCAUUAUUAUAAUGUCUGGUGUAUAUUUACGAAAGUUACUACUAAUUCUCCUAUGAGGAGAAAGUUUAGGAUAUUUACAGAAUCGCUGCUUAAACUGGCCACGGUUAAGAUAGCUUUUCAUGUAAUAAGUGACAGCGACAGUCAAGAAAUUGCUGAAAAUGUGAUACAAGGUGUGAUGGCAAUCACAGGAAGAGUAAUGAAGGUGCAAUAUUACGAUGUGCGCCAUUUAGCGUCCCAAUUGGAAGACAUAAUAUCUGCCAUGUCUCCGCAUUUUAGCAGUAAACCUGGAACGUACUAUUCGGAUGCUUUGUUUUUCCUGUCGCUAGGUUUGCACAAAAUAGCACCGAUCGAGCAAGAACUUGCAGUCAUGUUCGAUGCAGACACUAAAUUCCGAAAGGAUAUUAAGGAGCUCUUCAAAGAGUUUGAUAAUUUCGGAAGCAAGGCUUUAUUUGGCCUAGCACCUGAAUUGACUCCAGUAUACCGGCAUGUGCUUUAUUUAUAUAGGAGCAAACAUCCGAAUACUACUUUCGGAGAACCUAGACAUUCGGGAGGAUAUCCAGGUUAUAACAGUGGAAUGGUGCUUUUUAAUUUGAACAGAUUACGAAUGUCAUUGGAAUAUGAUCAGAUCGUCAGUAAAGAAAGCGUAGAACAUAUGACAAGAAAGUAUCGAUUUAAAGGCCACCUGGGUGAUCAAGAUUUUUAUACCGUUCUUGGCAUGGAACGACCUGAAUUAAUCCACACUGUCAAUUGUGGAUGGAACAGACAGUUGUGUACUUGGUGGAGAGACCGUGGUUAUGCAGACGUGUUCGCAAAUUACUCGCAGUGCAAUUCAGAGACAAAGUUAUGGCAUGGGAAUUGUAAUACACCGAUUCCUGACGAUUAGGCGAAAAACAGUAUUUUUCUCGUCUUUUGCAAUACAUAGUAACUAUUUUGAUCUAAGAAAUGUGAACAGGAUAUGAGCAUACCAAUGGUGCUAGGAAAGACACGGUGCAAACGUUUCAAAAAAGAGAAACCAUUACUCCAAAUGUGAUCUAUUGUACUCGCGAUAUCCUUCUUUCCAAUACUUUUGUCAAUAUAGAUAUUCAUUUUGAAUUGAAAACUGUGAUGUUCUUAAGAUGAAAUGUAAUUGUAUUACUUACAAACACAAGACGUAACGAUGUAAGCUUAUCGAAAUGUUUUGUGAAGUUUUUACAGUGCGUACAAGAUAUUCGUAAUAACUUAUUAAACAUACGACGUACUUUAUUGAAUAUAUUGAAUCCGUAGAAUCUCCAAGAUACGCAUAACUUCUUGAUCUAGGAUAAAUUCUAACAAUUUCACAUACUCGUAUCUAGUUAAACAAAAUACAUUUUCCUAUUGGUCAUUUGUUAAUUUUUCUCGAGUGGUAGACCAUAUUCGAACUGAACAGUUAAAAAAGAAUGGUAUAUCUUUAAGUUCCAGAUAAUUUUGUUGCAAUUUAUUAAGAACUUUAUUGUUAUUUUGGACUUUCAAUUAUCUCAGUAUUGUGUACGAUAUGUAGGAGAUUGGAAAACGUGUAUCGAUACCUAUAAAUUGUGUUACUCCUAAAGAUUUAUAUAUUUACACGAGUAGUACUCAAAGAACACUUCCUGAGGUAAAUCCUCCAAUGCCCAGUAUUUCAAAUAAAAGCGUACGAGUUUUUAUGUAUCAAUUAGAUAAGUAUUUGAAGAAAUAUACUAUUGGUGCUGUUCAUUAUUCAA